AUGACUGAGACAAGUGGUAGGGUUGUUGCUUCUGCUGAUUUGAAAGAGGUGGUUGAUGAUCAAGUACAACAACAUGCUGAUGUUGUCGAUAAUCAUCAUCAACAACAAUAUCAGGCUAGUGCCGAGAAGGCUAUUGCUAAUGGUCAAUCGGAUGUUGUAGUUAAUGAUGCUCAAGUUUUGGACAAGAUGGGAGAAAUUACAAAGAAUGAAAUGAAUCAAACAGAGAGGUUUUAUUUGAGGAAGAUUGUUGCCAAGACAUGUAGUGAUCCACCUAAUUUGAUAAUUUAUUCAUUGAUUAUUUUAUUUGGGCUAUCUUCGUGGAUUGCAGUGAAUGGCAUCUAUUCAGAGAUACCUCUAUUGGGUUAUGUCAUGCCAGAAGGGUAUGCUAUUGCUGUGGAUAUGAAUUUGAGUUUACAAUUGGCUAAUAUUGUCCCCUUCAUGUAUUUUGUGUUUAUGAUUUUCAAAAAGAUGAUUCAAAGAAAGCUCAAACCAACUACGACAAGGAAGUCAACAUUUGACAUUGUGGAUACAGUAUCUAUUUUGAGCUUAUUUGUGAUUGGUAUUGGAGCAUUGAUUGGCAUGUCGUUUUUGUGGAAUAUUCCAAUUAAUGGAAGGUCAUGGCCAUUUUUAAUAAUGAUGUUCUUGGUUGGAGUUAGUGAUUGUACCUCAACAUUGUUGUUUUAUCCAUUUGUAUUACAUUUCAAACAUGCUUAUUCAAGUGCUCUAUUAAUUGGAGAAUCCUUAACUGGUUUGAUAGCUUCCAUUAUUUCCAUUAUUCAAAAUUCAACUCCAACACCAUUGUUCCCAUUUUGGGUAUUUUGCAUCAUUAUUGCAGGUAUCACUGCCAUUAGUUUGGUUUCUUAUUGUUUAUUAAGAUUUUUACCAUACUCUAAAAAGGAAUUGAGAAGAGAUGUUGAUGCUUUGGAUGAGGAAACAAGAGAAUUAAUAGUGAAAAAACGACCACUCAUGACAUGGUCUACCGUAAGGUUGAUUUUUUUCCAAUUCUUGAUAAGCUGUUCUGAAAACGGAGUUGUUGUUUCAAUCAUGCCAUAUGUCUUUGCUCACUACAAACAUCAUGCCACAUUGUUGCAGUAUGCUAUCACCAUAGGUAUGAUUAUCAGCCCAAUAGCUAGUGGCGUUGCUUACCUCGUUCCAUUUUACAACUUUUUCAUUGCCAUGUUCUGCCACUUGAUUUGGAUUGUUGGUGCUUGCUUUUUAACAGUUAUUGCAUUCAAUAAUCCAAAUCCUCCAUUGAAAUACUCGACAGCUUUCGGAGGAUUCCUAGUGGUCGUGGCCAUUCUCACAAAGGGAUUCAUGUCAUUCUGUAAAACAAAAGAAUUUUUACACAGCCAUCAAGUCAUUGAAAAGCAGGACGAAAUGAUUUAUAAGAAAUUAUUAUUGGAAUCUAGAAAAAAGACUGAACAAACUCAACAUGUGGAAGAAAAACUCGAGCAAAUUGAACCAAUUAGUACUGAACAACAAGAAGCAACAAUCGUUCCUAAUGGAGAGGAAAUUAUUGACCUACCAAUCAAUCAAAAGAAAUUAACCUUUGGAGAACGUUUAAGAGAUGCUCUAACUCAAAUGGAUUUGAAUCCUUUCCGAUGUGCUGGUUUUGGAAUUCAAAUUGGAGCUCUUGUAGCUACAGUUACAGUGAAAUUAUUCUCAGACGCUCAUUAUUUUUCAUAA